GUGAUCAGUGGUUGACAAGGCGGAAUGAUGGCAGCGCACUUGUCUUACGGCCGUGUGAACCUCAACAUUUUGAGAGAAGCCGCGAGGAAGGAUCUGCGCGAGUUCCUGGAUAAGUGCGCGGGCAGUAAGGCAAUUGUAUGGGAUGAGUAUUUGACAGGACCUUUUGGAUUAAUUGCCCAGUAUUCUCUACUGAAGGAACAUGAAGUGGAGAAGAUGUUCACUCUCAAGGGAGGGCGCCUCCCUGCAGCAGAGGUGAAGAACAUCAUCUUUUUCGUCAGACCCAGACUGGAGCUAAUGGACAUAAUUGCUGAGAAUGUUAUAAGCGAGGACAAGAUGCGCUCCCCACGAGAUUUCCACAUCCUGUUUGUGCCACGCCGAAGCCUCCUGUGCGAGCAGCGCCUCAAGGAGAGGGGGGUGUUGGGCUCCUUCAUCAAUGUGGAUGAGUACAUCCUGGACCUCAUCCCCUAUGAUGGCGACCUGCUCUCCAUGGAGUCUGAGGGUGCCUUCAGGGAGUGCUACCUCGAAAAUGACCAGACAAGCCUGUAUCACACCGCCAAGGGGUUGAUGACACUGCAAGCUCUAUAUGGAACCAUCCCACAGAUUUUUGGUAAAGGCGAGUGUGCACGGCAUGUAGCCAACAUGAUGCUGAGGAUGAAGAGGGAAUUUGCAGGCUGCCAGACACAAGUCCUCCCUGUAUUUGACACGCUGCUGCUCCUGGAUCGCAAUGUGGACCUGCUCACUCCACUGGCCACCCAGCUCACCUAUGAGGGCCUCAUUGAUGAGAUCUAUGGCAUCAACAAUGGCUAUGUGAAGCUACCUCCAGAGAAAUUUGCUCAAAAAAAGCAAGGUGAGGGAGAGAAGGACCUACCCACAGAGCCUAAGAAGCUACAGCUCAACUCUGCUGAGGAGCUGUAUGCUGAAAUACGUGACAAGAAUUUCAAUGCUGUGGGAGCCGCGCUCAGCAAGAAGGCGAAGAUCAUCUCUGCCGCCUUUGAGGAGCGCCACAAUGCCAAGACGGUGGGAGAGAUCAAGCAGUUUGUGUCGCAGUUGCCACACAUGCAGGCUGCUCGCACCUCCCUGGCCAACCACACCUCCAUUGCAGAGCUUAUCAAGGACAUUACCACUUCUGAAGCUUUUUUUGACAAUCUGACUGUGGAGCAGGAGUUCAUGACUGGAGUGGACACAGACAAGGUGAAUACAUACAUAGAGGACUGCAUUGCACAGAAGGACCCUCUGAUCAAGAUCCUGCGUCUGGUCUGCAUGCAGUCAGUGUGCAACAAUGGCCUGAAGCAGAAGGUGCUCGACUACUAUAAGAGAGAAAUCCUGCAGACAUAUGGCUACGAACACAUACUGACCCUGAAUAACCUGGAGAAGACUGGACUACUGAAGCUUCAGACCAGCACCCGGAACAACUACCCCACCAUUAGGAAGACUCUGAAGCUGUGGAUGGAGGAUGCCAACGAGCAGAACCCAAACGACAUCUCCUAUGUGUACAGCGGCUAUGCUCCACUCAGCGUGCGACUAACCCAGCUGCUGGCACGACCUGGCUGGCGUAGCAUUGAGGAGGUUCUCAAGAUGCUGCCAGGACCCCACUUUGAGGAGAGACAGCAGCUGCCUGCUGGGCUCCACAAGAAACGCCAACAGGGAGAGAACAGGACCACACUAGUUUUCUUCCUGGGGGGUGUGACCUACGCUGAGAUUGCCGCACUUCGCUUCCUGUCCCAGAUGGAGGAUGGAGGCACAGAAUAUGUCAUCGCCACCACCAAACUCAUCAAUGGCACCACCUGGAUCAAGUCCCUGAUGGACCGUCUUGAGGAACCACCUUUCUGAGUCACCCCCUUCCACAACAAACCCCCAGUCAGCCAGCAGCUAUGUUGUCACACAGGGUGAUAACAGUUCUCUGACCCUGGCCCUAGCUUCAGGGGAUAAAGCUCAUCUUCAGAUUCCAGCCUGGAUUCUUCAUCUCCAGUCUAGAGGCUUCAGCAUGUGAAAGCCAGGCACAGGAAAACUUCAUAAAAAUGUCUAAUAUAUUUGACAACACUCCCUGGCUGAGUUUUUGCAGAUUGUAGACUUGUUACCUGUCCUGGAGUGUACCCCCUUAAGAACUGAGUUUAACUUCCUGACUAUUCCCUGAUCAUGCCUCUUGUUCUUGGCAGGAGUACAAGUGAACUGCAAAGAGAGCCCUGUUGCCCUGUUCCAUCUUGGUUUGUCUGCAGAACUGUGUUCCUAUGCCCUAUUUUAAGUUUACCAUGUUCUUAGUUUUUUGCAGAAACACUUAGACUUGGUGACUGUCCACUCUUCAAAACAAAGUUGCUGGUCAGUACAAGAGAGCUGGACAACUUGCUAGGGCAAGGACCCCUGUUUUACAGGAAGUGCUCUGACAUGGAUAUCAAUGUGGACAGAAAUGGCACAGGUCACAUUGCAGGUCCUUGAGGUCAUCCCAGCCAUGCAGGUUCUGCUAACCUGUUCUGUGUUAACUGAGAUUUGCUUUCUCCUAUUUGCCUCCUGCAACUGUAUGAUUGUGAAAAGUUGUGCUUACAGCUUUGUAAAUAAAGUAUAGCAUGGAAAUUAGUGUUGUGUUUAAAAAAAAAAAAAAAAAAAAAGGUUACAAUGACCAUGUAACUAUGUAUCUUGGUGAAUCUUUUUUAAUUUCUUAUUGGCCUUCAGGUUUUGGUAAAUAACCAUAAACACCCUUGUAAUUUUUUUCUGUGGAACUUCUCAUUACUUCUAUUAGUAUUUUAUGGUUCUUGCCCCUCCCAAAUAAGUUGUGGCACAUUAAGCCACAGUUUAUUAUAAUGCAGCCCCUAAAUCCAAAGG